AAAAUAACAUUAAAUAAAAAAAAUCAAUAUUUAUAACCCGAGAAUCAUAUUCUUUUGCUCAUCUUUUUUCUUACUAUCAUAUUCUCAGCAAAAGAAAAUUUUGAACCCUUUCAUCUUCACAACAUUAAUCAAACCUUCAUACCUAGUUCUAGUUCUUGUUCUUGUUCUCAUCUUUGAGGUUGGUUUUUUGAGGAAAGAUUUGUUCUUUUUUGAUGGGUAUGUUUGAAACUGAAUCCAAGGAACCAUUUGGGGUUUCUUCUAGUUUAGCAGAAAAUGUUAGGGUUGAAGGUUCAGAGCAAGAGAAGAAUGAGAAUGGUGUUGUAGUUGAAGUUGUUAAGAGUAGUGUUUUGGAGACAGAGGUUGUUUCGGUUUUGAAGGAAAAUGAUUCUCAGGUUGUGGUUGAUUCUGAGGUGAAUAAUGGAAGCGUUGUUUGCGAGAAGGUGGAUUGUGAGGGGAAAGUAGUAGAAGGUGCUGUUUUGAGUGAUGAUGGUGAAGAGAGAAAAGAUGAGAAUGUGAAGGAAAAUGAGGGGGGGAAAGAUGAAAAUGUGGAUGGAAAAAUUGAUACCGUCAAGAUUCCAAUUGUCGAGAUAAGUGAGAAUGUUGUUGAUGCUGAAGUGAAUGGGGUGGAGAGCGAGGAAGGGAAAAACGACGAAGGUUUGACUGAAGUUCCAAUACUGCAGAUAGGUGAGAACAUCGACGUUGAAGUGAUUGGGGAGGAGAGUGAGGAAGGAAAAAACGACGAAGUUGUGAAUGAGGUUCCAGUAGUGGAGACAAGCGAGAGCGUUGACAUUGAUGUUGACGAUUUGAUUGAUGAAAGUUCGGAAUUUUUGGUUGGAGAUUUUGUUUGGGGGAAAAUAAAGAGUCAUCCUUGGUGGCCAGGAAGAGUUUACGAUCCGUCUGAUGCUUCGGAUUAUGCUUUGAAGCUGAAACAAAAGAAUCGGCUUCUAGUGGUGUACUUUGGCGAUGGAACAUUUGCUUGGUGCCAUCCGUCACAGUUGAAGCCUUUUAAGGACAAUUUUGAUGAUAUGGCGAGACAGAGCUCUAAAGGUUUUACAAAUGCUGUUCAAGAAGCUGUAAAUGAGGUUGGAAGGGUUCUGGCUAUGAAGAUGAGUCGUCCUUUUGUUGCGGCGGGGCAAACUGAGUCUGAUUUCGCUCCGGUGUUGGCGGAAAAUGUGGGAAUCAAGGAAGGGGUUUUUGUACCUGAAAGUGGCAUAGAGAGACUUUCGGCUGUUACAAUUGAACCAGCUGAGUUACUUUCUCAACUGAAACAAACUGCUGAAAUUAUUGAUGUCGCUAGUAUUCUUGGGCUGGAAAUAUUAAAGGCUCAGCUUUCGGCGUUUUAUUUCUCGAGAGGAGGAUAUAAGCUACCUUGUUAUGAGGAUCCCAAACGGGUUCUCGGACUUGAAGAUAAAGAUGAUGUAGAAAAUGCAGUUGAAGCACCGUUCCAAGGGCCGUUUGACGAGGACUAUUCGAAUCUGACAUUGAGUCCAAAAUCGGGCGAACCCCGUCAUUCUCCAGGGCUUUUAGGAAGUAGACUGAACCCUCAAAGAAAGCAGAAAAGCAUUGCUGACAUUAUGGGGGAGGAUAAAGAUGAUGCAAGUGAUGAAGUUCUUGACACAAUUAGGUCAAGAAGUAAAAAGAAGAGAAAAGAUAGUGACGAUGCAGCGGCAUCUAAACCAGUUCGGAAGAGAAAAGAGUUGGUUAUAGAUACUGAUGGAAAGUUUGUAAGAGCUGGAAAAGAAAGCCGCGAGGGGGAGGAAAACAGUGACAAGGGCAAAUCGCUGCAUUCAAACAAGAAAAAAGAAGCUUCUGUCAAUGAGAACAUCAGUAGCGAGGGGAGCGAAAAGGAAAAUGAUGAAGAGAAGCCGAAAGAACAAAAUGAGAACGGUUUUUCGCCAAGAGAAAGAAAGAAAAGCAAGUACUUGUCGCCACCUUUCACUACUUCAAUUGGGGAGCUUGUGAAGGGAAGAAUAAAACCAGAAGCCAGGAAUGCCGACAAGCUUUCUCCUCGAGUUUCAAAGCGUAACAGCGAGGCAUCUCAAGAGUUGGAACUUGCUGAUAGCUUGAAUCACCAAACACAAGAUGAUGAGAAAAAGACUAUUGAUCCAGAGAAAGUAAAGGUUCCUUCGGGUGAAAUUCUGUCCAAAAUCCGUGAUGCAGCUGUCAGUCCACAAAUUUCUAGGGAGGGCACUUCUUCUGAUAGAUUGGUAGAUUUCAUUUCUGUCAUGAGAAGUUCAUUAUAUCGUGAAGGAUUGCUACACAAAGAAUACAAGAAAACUCGACCUGGAACUGGAAGGAAGAGAAAGAAGCCGGAAUCUGGACUUGAUCAAUCCGAUACCAUAUCACCUAAUGAAGGUGGAAGGAGGAAAAAGAAGACAGAAUCUGAACUUGAUCAAUCUAAUCAAGUAUCACCUAAUGAAGAGUCUGAACCUGCCAAGAAAAGAAAGGAAACAGAUUCAAGCAUGUCAAAAGGGAAGAAGAGAGCUCGUGAAACCGAGACUAGCCGUAAGAAGGGGACCAAUGAAAAAUCUUCACCGGCUGUGCUUGUUGUGUCGUUUUGGCCAGGAUCAUCCACCCUACCUUCAAAAGCUGAUCUGAUCACAAUAUAUAGUAAGUUUGGAGCUCUGAAUGAAGAAGAAACCAAUAUGUUCCUUACUAAUUACACUGCUAGAGUUUCCUUCCUGAGAAGUCGUGAUGCUGAAAAGGCGUUGAAGAAUUCGCAAAAGAAAAACCCGUUUGAGCCUUCUGAAGUAACUUUUCAGCUCGAGUAUGCAGAAACUGGAACCAAGUCUGGAGGAGAACACAAGGAAAGAUCAAAGAAGUCCAAACCCUCACAAGGCAAGAAUAAAGAAAAGACUCCAACACCAACUGCACAGGGUAGCGAGACAUCUAAUUUGAACUUCAUAAAAGAUAAACUUCAAGGUCUGCUCUCUACGAUAGAAUCAUCCGACGACAACUCACUUGAUUUGAAGACAAAGGUAGAGAGCGAGGUGAAAGGUCUUUUGGAGGACGUGAACAACAUGGUUGUAUCUACUUCGUCCUGAAAAGCACAUCGGUACUGGUAAUUAUGUAGUUAAUGAGUAAUGAUCAAGGUAGGUUAUCAGAGUCUUUUUACUAUUGCCAUAUACUAUAUCAGGUUAUGUUAUCAACAUGGAAGAACCUUUUGCAUGAUUAGUCUUUUAUAGAGAGAUUAAUAUCAUUUUAGAUUAAUUGCUAUCUUAUUUGUAGUGAUAUGAAACAGCUUUUUAAGAAUUUCAAAAAUGUUGGCUUAAAUAGUCGUGUUAAAUUCUCAGUUAUUAGAUGAAUGUGCUUGUUUGGUUUCUUA